UCUCUCUCUCUCUCUCUCUUUUCGGUAUAAAAAGCACCCAUCAGAUUUUUAAUUAAUGCAACAUUUCGAAACUUUUUUAUUUUUGUUCCCGUUCGUCCUUCUUCUUCCUUCGCCAUCCCCCAAAAAGAUUUUAUUUCUGAUAAAACGAAGGUGGAAGUAAAUAAAUUAAGAGGAGGAUCAUCGGGAGCAAAAAUCAUCAUCAUCAUCUAGCGCGUGUACUUUCUUGAAACGAUGUUCGUGAAGAGGUAUCCGUUGAGAGGAUCUUCUUCCGCCGGCAAAUACUCUUCGCCACCGCCGCCACAGACCGUCAACGUGGGUCACCUAAGAGUCGGAUCUUAUUACGAAAUCGAUCACUCUGUCCUCCCUCUGAGGUCGCCGGAACAACUUAAAUCCGUCCGAAUCGUCAUGGUUAGCAAAAUCACGGGAAGCCACGUGUCUCUCCGAUACCCGAGCAUGUACUCUAUCAGAUCCCAUUUCGGUAGCAACAGGACGAACCGGACUAAACCAGAGAGGAGGAGGAGGAGGAGGAGUCUUCUUCCCGUUUUGGACGAGAGCCACGUGGUGUCGUCGGAGCUAGCCGCGGAUUUGCUUUACAGGAGAAUCGCACCUCACCAAGUUUCUAUGAAUAGAAACUCCUGGAGCUUCUGGGUCGACGACAAUCUCUCUCGCGUUGAAGGAAAGUGCUUGUCUGAGCUGAAGUCGGGAGGGAUGAUCAAAUGGGGGAAGAGAAUGCGCGUGCGUUACCAGAGCCGCCACAAGGAAUGUUCUAGAUUCAAGGAGGAGGAAGAAGAAGAAACACAAGGCUCUGAUUAUUCAGACCAGCAAAAACGUAAGAGAAAGCUUGUUGAAUCCAGACUCGCUGGGAAGGAAACCCAGAUCGUUGUUUACAAGAGGAGAUCACCAAACCAGUUUAUUGACAGAUGGUCUAUUGAGAGGUACAAACGAGCUGAGAAGAACAUGUUGAAAGUGAUGAAGGAUAAAAAUGCAGUUUUUGGCAACCCCAUACUCAGGUCUGAGUUGAGGUUAGAAGCCAGGAAGCUUAUCGGAGACACGGGUCUGUUGGAUCAUCUGCUUAAGCACAUGCAAGGUAAGGUGGCUCCUGGAGGUCUUGAUAGGUUCAUGAGGAAACACAAUGCCGAUGGGGCUAUGGAGUAUUGGCUGGAGAGCUCUGAUUUGGUUCACUUAAGGAAAGAAGCUGGAGUUGAUGAUCCUUUUUGGACACCUCCACCUGGUUGGAAGCUCGGUGACAGCCCUACUCAAGAUCCUAUCUGCGCUGGUCAAUUCCGUGACAUCAGAGCUGAAUUGGUUUUCCUGAAAAGAGAAUUGGAGAAACUCGCUUCAAAGAAGGACGAGGAGCUUGCUAUCAUGACUACACCUAAUUCAUGUGUUACAACUCAGAACGUGGACCAAGACAAUAUGAUGCCUCUAGCAAAGGAGAUCUAUGCCGAUCUGCUGAAGAAGAAAUACAAAAUCGAGGACCAGCUAGUGAUAAUUGCCGAAACCUUGCAUAAAAUGGAGGAAGAUAUGGGAUGGCUUCAGAAAACAGUGGAUGAGAAUUGUCCUAGAAAGCCAGACUCAAUAGAGACGCCUUUGCUACUAGAGGAUUCACCAAUGAUGAAGACACCAGAGGAAGUGAACAACGAGACAGAGUUCCCUCAAAAAGGCAGGAGAUCACCACUUUCACUUAUAAACAACACUGGUUUCAGAAUCUGCAGGCCUGUGGCGAGUUUCUCAUGGCCCAACCUGCCUGCUCUUGCUGCUGCUACUGAUACUGAUGAGAUUGCUUCUUUGCCAAGUCCCAACCGACCAUCUCGUUCUUCCACUACUUGUCCAGUCAAGCCAUUUGCAGCUAAGCGUCCUCUCUUCUUGCCUUUUCCCUUCACCGCCACUCCACCUGAUCAAGCUCCCUUGAAUCUCUUCAGCCUCUAAAGCAACUGCAAGUAAGCUCUGUUUUGGUUUAGAGUACGGAAAUGAGAAAAAGGUUUAUUAUUAUUAUUAUAUUAUUCUUAUGGAAAUAAUUGUAAAAUUUUGAAAAUUUCCCCUCUUUAAUUUAGAGAUUUCAUAUCUCUGUUUAAGUGUAUUUAGAGGGGGUAUAACUUGACUCGGCUUAUCAUAGAAACAUACAUUGGAUACUGGGAUCAGAUGGUUCUUUAUCACUGAACUAUUUUUUUUAUCAACGGUACGUUAAGUAUUAUAUA